AUGGAUAUAAUCUGGAAUUCUAUAAAUAAUUGCCACAAACCGAACAAACCCUGUUGCCCACUAAUCAUCCUUUUCGCGCAUUACUCUACAGAUGAGUCCCAAGCAUCAUUGUGGUCAUCAGCGACUGCGCGCCACGAAGAUGAGGAUGACCCUUCAACUCAAAUGUCCACCUACACUCCGGACAGCCUCAACUUUUUGCAUCAUACAAGAGGCCCAAACUUAACAAUGGAAAACGAAACGCUGAGCCGAGUUGCUUUGCCGUCGGGGCUGACCUCAUCCGUGGCCAAGGCAACAAAGUCAAAAGUGUCUACAGCAUCGACAGUUGAAAAAGUCAUGAAUUCUGGUCAUUACGAAUUGGCAUACUCGAGUGCCUCCUGCCCAGAGACCGCUUUCCAAUUGACAACCUCGUCGCCUGCAUCAGGUGACCUGACCGUCUCCUCUGUCGUCCGAAGUGACUCGGAUGCAAAGCCAAUGCACAUGAGACCAACCAGCCGGCCUCCGAGUCGUCCGGACUGUCGGAAUGUUGUCCCGGGGGUCGACGAUUUUGUGACCCAGUCGGCCAUGAGUCCCACUUGGUGGCAGUGCCUUCUGGCGGUUCGCGGCGCCUGUCCACCCGGACACACGUCUUCAAACACCGGCCCUGUUGCCAUGACACAGAUUGCACCAAUCUCCCAGUCUCCGCCGGCCGAUAUGGCCGGAUGCGAGCCGUUCAAUUCCAGUCUACCAAUUAAUCUUCCCGCGGGUACCGUUUUUCCAACUGCCAGUCGAAUCGCUGAGACAAGCAAGCCAGAGGUACACACCGAUUUUGCCGCACCCGAGGCUGCGGGGUACCACUCACCUCAGACGCAGUCUCAGAAAGCCUUUUUGGACACACUUUUGAUGAUGAUGCUGAUGACGGCGCUCAAUCAGACUCGUCUUUGCAACCUGGCCGAGGAGACGGACAACGAGCAUGGACAACAGGAAGACUUAGCAACUGACAAGUCUACCGCAGGCCGAUUUGACGAAGCCUCCAUGUCACCGACCAAAUGUCUAUCGCUGCGCAAGCGAAGGUGUCAAUCGGUUCGAGCGGGAAAUAAACGAACUCGCUUCGCUCACGAGUCCGGCCAACGAUGCGGCAAGUUGCAUGUACCAGCUUUCGGCAAGACUGUGCCUUCAGGACCUUGUCAGGACGGCAAUUGUGACGAUUUUCCCGAACUCACGACCUUAAAUGAGGGUGAAACGCGAUCUGGAAGAGCUGUUAUGGGGUUGGUCGACUCAGACUACACAUCGGGUGCGAACUGCGAGAAUGUGAGUGGCUUGGAUACCAGAGAAAUAGACACGGAGGCAGAUGUAAAGCUAGCGGGGCGGGAGGAAGAGGAGCCAAGGGCCUGGCAGGGUGGCAGAGGGCAGAAAGAAGUGGGCCAGCACGACCAGGGGCCAAAUGAUGACAAAGUGCAUAUCGUAAUUCCCAGAAAUGCUGUAGCCGCUGGGGCGGUUAAAGUCAAGUGUGUGAUUAGCAAACAUGGUGACAUUUUGGCCCCCACGAAAUCCAGUUAUUUUUCGCCAGUUUCUGGCAAUCACUUGCACACUGGGCACAAGAAUAACACGGAAGUUCAUCCACCGAGUUUCUUGCCCUGCAACAGUGAUAAAGACGCAACUAGUGAACCGGUGGAAAAGAUGACAACCAAUAGUCAACUGGCAGUAGGUACCGACAAGAAAAGCAUUGGGUAG